CAGCCUGUCGAGGAUAUUCUUGCCAGAGCCCAACAUUUCCUCCUGAUGUCGCCAAUAGGUAACCCACACACGAGAACCCGUAUCUCCUGGUUGGAUGAACCCCAUUGCCACCCGACAGACUUGCGAAAUCACGGUGCACCAUGAUUUCCAGUUUCGAAGCGAUUAAGAAUCUUACAAACCGCAUACGACAUCGCCAUAAGGACCAUCAUUCUGCUGCGAACGACAAAAAGUCCUCGCAGCAGCCGGUCCUGGCACACCUAGCAAGCGCAACUCCGCGCUCUAGCAGUCCACCCCAGCCUAAGAAAGCCCCUGGAGCGUCGUGCCAUUUAGCACCGGGAAUGGCUCCGAAAAAACAGGCGCAACCGCCAAAGCCGUCCCCUGGCCCUUCUACUCUCCCGCCCUCCGGGCAUGCGAACACGCAUCCCAGCAUGACCUACAGCAUGGGCUUUUUGUCGGCCUCCGGGGAUCUAGGCUGGUCAGCUCCAGCGGCGAACUUCUCAGCACACAGCAGUCAGGCAGGUAGCAGCAGCCAGGCGGGUAGCAGCAGCCAGGCCACCGGCAGCCGAUCCAAUCCUGUGGACCUGACUGGACUCGAACCGAAGCCGAACAUGCUGGCAAAUCACCCCUCUGCCCCUCCUCUUCCGCUGCUCUUCUCACACCAGUUCAUGCCUUCACACCAUGUCUCAGCCUCUGCCUCCACAUCCGCGCAAAUCUCAACACAGAAGAAGUCCAUACCAACCUUAUUUUAUGAAUCCAUGCCCUCCUUAUCUCAGAACGGCGCCCCGGAGUGGCCGGAUGAGUGGCUUGACCACCACCACGCCUGGGCGGAUGUACCGUUUCUGCCGGACGACGCGGAGGACCUACAGUCAUAUCCUUAUAAUAUAAGCUACGACGAAUUCGUGGACUGGUCAAAAAGUGGCCUCGAUUCGGUUUCUCUGCCGCAGCAGCCGGACUAUGCACCCGAUGCUGGUGCUUCGGCGAUAGAUCUGGAUACUCCUGAGGACGCCGGUAGCCCUUUGUCGGACCCGGAGCAGGUUCUCACAGACACAGUCCUCGUGGAUGCAAUUAUCAAAGACCUCGAGCCUCUACACCAGUUUGUACGCUCGUGUGUGAAUCGAGUCUGCCCUGGAUGCGGUCGAGCGAUAUCUGCGGACAUAAAAGAAGUUGUGAAAACGGUGAGAGGGUGGGCCUCAAGCAGUGGACAAGUACGCUUCGGGCUCAAAUGCCAAAGUCCAUUCUGCGGCUUGUCGAUAUGUCUUGGCUGUGGGGAAAUCGUCUCCAGUGUGGCUAGUAAUCCGCAUAAUGCUUGGGAGGCAUCUGGCGUGAAUCUUGUGGCUUGUUGGUGCUGUGAGACCGGGAGGUUAGCCGCGAUUUGGGCCCUGGCUUGCGGUUGGGAGGUCUCGAGCUCGAGGCCUCAGGGUUCAUCGACCGUCCUGAACAAAGUCCGUGAGAGGACCACCAGGUCGUCGAAGCUCACCACAACGUAUAAGCAUCUCACCGGCGUGCAUCACCCAAAACAGUCGUCACAUAUUCCAGCCAACGCCAAGGGGGUUGGCUACAGCAGUGGGACUCAUGAUUACCACUCCUUUCCUCACUAUUUUAAUCCUCGGUACCGCGGAGCCUGCUCCCCGCUGCCCAAGAAGCCCACGGAUGCCCAGGAGAGCUCCGUCCAGGAAGCUUACUUUAAGUUAUUGGCCCAAUUGCUGCCGUCGAGCGAUCGUCGAGACCGCUUCGAUCUGUCACCCCCAGAGUUCCUAGUACGCAUGUUGUCGCGCAGUCCGCUCAUAGGGCAUGUCGCGACAAUGCUCAACACCAAUUCUAUUGAUGAGAUCAGUCGUCAACACCACGUUUACGAUGCCAUGUUAGACUUUGUCCAUGCGUUAGGAACACAUCCAGCAACGGCCUCGCUCGUAUACUGCGACCGCAACCUCUACCACGAGAGAGGUGGUAGUUUGCGGGAUGUCUCUUUUAACCUAGGGGAAAACCGAGGACGUAUCCCCUCCACGGAUACGAGCAGACCUCUAUUGUCGUUGUUGGAGAAUCUGGCAGCCCAAUCACAGACGAUUCUCCGACACGCCGAGCGGAAUACGGCGGAAUUCAAGAAUACCGAAGAGCAGAACUUGCUGAGACUUAGUAGGCGACUGGGCGAGAUCUCAGCAUUGCUUGGUAGCAAUUCCCAGUGGUUUGAGACCACGAUGGUGAUCAGCAACGAAGAACCGGAGGUUGACUUUGCCGAGUGGCACCGUGGAAACUGCGUGAGGGAUGCGCCCGACGACGUGAUGACACAGGAUUUCACGUAUGCGCAAGCAGCCACCUCGGUGGGCAAUCAGGCCGUCCCACCGCGCGGCCGUAUGAAGAGGUUGAUCACCGAAAUAUCAACACUGCAAGCGUCGCUGCCGCAAGGCAUCUUCGUCCGCCACGGGACCUCCCGGCUCGAUGUUAUGAAGGUUUUGAUCAUCGGCCCUAAGGAUACGCCCUACGAGCAUGGCAUAUUUGAGUUCGACUUGUUUUGCCCGUUGGGUUACCCCAAUACACCGCCAUCGAUGACAUUCAGGACCACGAAUGGGGGGAAAACGCGGUUUAAUCCAAAUCUGUAUGAAGACGGCAAAAUAUGUCUCUCUCUGCUCGGAACGUGGUCCGGGGAGCCGUGGAGACCAGGUCAAUCCACUAUUUUGCAGGUUCUCAUCAGUAUCCAGGCCAUGAUUCUCUGCGAGGAGCCGUGGUACAACGAACCGGGACGAGAGAACUACGAGAACAAGUCGCAGUCGGCAAAGUACAACAACGAGGUGCGGAGCUGGACCUUGCAUUACGCGCUGCUUCCCUGGGUUCAAGCCGCUAGCGCCGAGGAAGCGAGUCAGGCUAGCGUCGAGAAAAAGCGCUUGACGCCGCUCUGGCGGGAGACGGUCCGGCUAUAUUUGCAGGCGAACGCUGGAAAUAUCGUGAGCUCAUCCAAGCAAGCGGCCUCGAAGUCGAAGAACACGGCGCUGCAGAAUGCGACCAAGGCCAUCGCCUCUGCUCUCCGGGCAAACGGAUAUCUCGAGUAGGGCAGUUCUCCCACCCUUAAACAUGAGCGCUUGUCCCUUUCCGCCUUUUGUCUCACCCCUGGAGCAAAUCAGCAUGGACUUUGGGGCCGGGUUCGUCGGGCUUAGAUAGAUGAGAGCAUACGGAGUUGAUUCGGCGUUGCGAUACUUAUGCGAUGGGACCCAACUAGAUAGACACACGAGCGCGCGCGCACAGUCCCCCUCCCUAUCUUUCCUUUCAGAUGGUGUCUCAUUAAGCCCUCAACCACCUGAGGUCGCAAGGAGGUCGGUCCUUCAGUCGGUCUAUUGAGCAAGCACUGGGUCAGCCGGCCACCCAAAUGAGCUAUUUCGCCUCCUGGUUAGCUACUGUGAUCGGUACCU